UCAAUAUUUGAGCACGCAGUAGUCCUGUCCAGAAGUAUUUUGUAAAAUGCAAGCAACCAUGCGACCUCGUCGCGUUGAACGAAUAGAUAGUCGUUGUGGAGAGCACUGAAACCUUCUUUUGAUGGAAUCUAACAUGGAAAUUGGCAACGAGAUAAGUCAAAAGAUUAGGGUGAGUAGCUUCGAUAGUAGUGGAUUUAUUCGGUAGCUGUUAAACUCUCAAUAGACGAGGUUUUAGGGUUGGAUUGUUUGCCGUUUAAAUUCAUUAACUACAUGCACCCAGUAAGCCGCCAUAUUUGUUUUUACCUGUCAGCUGAAAAAUGCAUCACAUAACAUCCGUCUCAGCCGUUAAAUUGUAUCUUUGAAGAUCAAGUAAGGCACAUAUCAUCAGCGUUCUAGAUAAGAGACAGUCAAUGAUAUCUCCAUAAAGUUUUCAGCUCAAAGUUUUUUUUUUAUCUUAAGGAAGUGUUAUGGAAUUUGUUUAUUGAUGAUACUCUAUUCAUAACUUUUAAGUUAGGAGAGCAACUACACAAAAUAGGGCCAGUUUUGAAGGAAGAAACAUGCAUAUCGUUCGAUUCUUUUGGCUCGGUAGGGGAUGAAGGAACGAGGAAUAGUUUAUAUGCUUGUUAGGGCUUAAGUCUUAAGUCUCGUUUGGCUUGGCAGCAGCCUAACAAGCGGACUUAUUUUAUAGAAGGUUAAAAGUGGCCCUAAAUUAUGUAGUUUAACCAAAAAAUGAUGAAAUACUUGACUGUUAAGGGUUUUAUGAUUACAAACUUUUCAGAGUGCUGUCAAAACAAAAUUACGAGAACUGGGAUCUUAUGUUGGUAAGUUAUACAAAUAUAUUAUUUUGAGUGGUAUUAACCUUUUAACUCACAGAUCAAAUUUGUCACUCUCCUUACUGUCAAAUGUACAAUUCUUAUCAUGUUGGUUCAGAGAAUUUAGUAUUGGAUCAACUUAUUCCCAAAUUGAUAUUUUUCUUUAUUCUCAUCACCUAUCUGGUUGAUAUUGUAUUGAUAUUGUAAUGAGAAAUUCUGUCUUGGUCACUCAUGGGAGUUAAAAAGUUAAAAGAAGAGAACUAAAUAUUAGUUGGUGUGGUUCUGUAUCUGCUUUUUGGUGAUUCAUUGGUGUAAAUUUUACUGAAAGUCAUGCAACAAUGAUUUAAAAUAUUUAAAACUUCAUUUGAAGACGAGGAAUUGCCAGAUUAUAUUAUGGUUAUGCUGGCUAACAAGAGGAGUAAAGAACAGAUGACAGAGGACCUGGUGUUAUUUCUCGGUGCAAAUACAAAAGUCUUCACUGAAUGGUUAGUAAAAAGAUGGAAAUUGUACAUUAUAUGAUGACUGAAAACUGCUAUACACAUAAAAAGUUUUCUAAACUGAGUGUAGGGUCUUUUUAAAAAUUGCAUUCAAUUUGGUAAAACUAGCAUAAAGUACAUGGAGAUUCAAAGCUGUGCUCCAAGUUUAAUUGAAGAGAGCUCAGUGGUCUGAGAUUGAGAAAUCCAGGCUGUGCCGCAUACACUUUUUAUAAAAUAACCAAGAUUCCUUAAUUGUCCAAGUACAAAAGUAAGGGGCCAGUGGGCAGCGCUAGAGCACAACCCUGUGAUUACUGUACAUAGUCUCCAAUUUUAAAAACAUGCAUGUAUAUUUGAUAGUUUUAAAAUAAUUUCAGGUUGGAAUACAUUAAGAAUAAUUUGAUUCAUGUUUGCUUGUGUUUAAGGAAUAUGGCAAUGCACCUGAAUCAAUUUGAAUACACGUCUGUCUAAUUUAAAACCAUAUUGAUCUGAAAUUAUUGCUUUUGCUAUUGGUAGGCUGGAUUUAAAAGAAAAAUGUAAAAUAUGGCAUGCUGACAAUAAAUAUAUUGCAUAAUUAUUGUCAAGAAAAACAAGACAUCAGAUUAUUUUGAGAUAGUAAUUUCAAUGGUGGUGAGAUCUGCAGAUAUAAAUUUAUGUUUAGUGUUUUUUUUUUUUUUUUUUUUUAACUGUUAGGUUUUCUUAUUUUAUUUCAGUUGUUUUAAAGCGCAUUAGAUGAUAUCCAUAUGUAUAUUGUAUAUUGUGCUGUAUAAGUGUUAAAAUUAUUAUUAUUAUAAUUAUCAAUUAAAUCAUCAUGAAAGUGGAACUGCAGGGUGUAAUUGUGCUUCUUCAUUGUAUGAGUUUAUUUACUAGUUCGUAAGUACUUUAUUUUUUUGUCGGCAGGCUUGUGAACAUAAUACAAAAAAUUCAAGAUGUAACAAGUUUACAAGGUAAUGCUACAUGUAAAUAGUGAAGCCUAACUGAACCCUUGAUUUAGAAACUCUUUUACAGCUCAGAACUGUGGAUAGAAAAUUAAUCCUAGGCUUAUUAGACUGGGAAAAAUGCUCCACUGAUCCUUUCAAUUUUUCUAUUAUUACUUAUUUUUGCCAGAAAAUACAGAAGAGUUAAAUUUAUUGGCAAGUGAACCUAUUAAAUCAGUAAAGACAGAAUCUGUCAGGAGCAGAGAAAAAAAAGAUGCUAACUCGAAGACUUCAACUAAAGAAAGAUGCCGAAGCCCUCACAGAACAGACGCAAGAGAGGAGCAUCAAAGACACUCUUCAAAGUCUUCUGAAAAGAUAGAAAGUUUGUACCAUCAUGAUACUUUACUGUGAAGGACAAAAAAAAUGUAGUUGAGGGUUGGAAAUCCAAGAAUUAAUCAAUUAAUAGAUACAUCUUUUUGUACCUAUUAGUGAUAAUGAUAAUUCAAGCCUGGUAGAGCUACUUAGUAACUUAGCCCCUGAAUAUACUUAUAACACAAGGGCAACGAUUAUACCAUGUACCACUGUUCUCUACAAUAACAAGCCUACCCACUGUACCCCCAUCUGUAAACCUUAGAAUCCAAAAUUCUUGAAAUUUCUUUCCUUUGUUUUUUGAGAAUGUUAAUUGUAGUGAUUUCUUUUUCCUUGGAAUGCACUAGUACUUUGGCCAUAACAAAAACAAAGAGAAGAAUGAAACAUUUUAGCUAGUGAUGAAUAUGCAUUGAACUUUUAAAAACAUUUUAUAACCCACUCAUUAAUUUUCCUGCAAUUCUAUUGGAUACUUUACAUUACAUGGUGGAAAAUCACCAGAGAGUUAUUACACCAUAACCUCUUGCUAGAUUGAUAUUUGUCCUCUGAUUAUUUUAGAAAAAGCAAAGCCAGUGGAAAAAAACCAGCUUAAGCAAUUCACUUUUUCAUCUUUAUGACUUUAUGUGGAAGAGAAACAAACUUCUUUUGUGGAUUCUAGUCGUGGAGAUGUUAAAAAAAUGAUAUCAAAUGCUGCACUGGAAAGGAAAAAAAGGCAACAAAAUUUGCUGUCAUUGCACAAUGCAAAAAUUAAUGGGAGAGUUCAAAGUAUAAAAACCCUCUUCUGGCCUGCUGGUAUGUCAGCUGAUAAUGUCCUCACUUGAGAGAUUGUCCUUAAAAUUUCACAUUUUACCCUGGAAGUUUUGCAUCUCCUCCAAACAUUCAAUUCUUGAACAAUAUCUAAGUGGCUGUUGUUAUCAGUGGACAUAGCUGUUGCUAAAGGGGUUUAUGACUGCUUAUGACUGAACAAGGAUUUCGGAGUAACUUUUUUAUUUGCCUCAGUCUUUGGAAGCUUCCCAAAACCAGUCAGACACACAGCAGACAAGUGAUGAAAUCAUGCUAGGCUCAUAUUCCUUAUCUGUAUCUUUGCUCUUUUACCUUGAAUUUAAGUUCAAAACAUGAAGUCCCAGGACAAACUUACAGUGUAUAAUUUAGUAUAAUUAUUACAAUCAUAACUAUGCACUUUUAACUAUUGCAAAUUUUGAAACAAAAAUUUAACUUUCUUAGUUUACAGGCCUACAACAAGUAAAAAAGCUAAAUAUGCACCUGGUUUCUGUGAUGCAUUCUGUUUAACUUCUUUGUGUUAAUUUUCUCUUUUAGAGCAAAGGAUAAGCACCAAUGUUGUGAAGACUGUUGGUCUGUCAUCAAGGGACACAGUACGAAAACGGAAGCACUCAUCAUCUGAUGAAGAAGACUCUAGAGCCUCUAAUCUUCACAGUGUUGUGAAAGUCAAGGAACGAAAGUAUGUUUUAAAUGAUCUCUAACAAUACAAUGUGUGCACAUGAAACUCAAUAAUGCAUGCAGCAACAAUUAACUUUUGCAGUUGAGUUAUGUCGGUGAUUUAGAUAGUAUUUGAGGUCAGAGGGAAAUAUCUGUAACAGUUAUUUUGAACAUUUCCUUGAUAUAAAAACAAUGUACAUGUACAGUUGACCUUGGAAUGAGUGGCGCUGAAAUAGGAGGUCACCCUGUUUUAAUCCUUUACACCCUAACAUCAGUAUGCAUAUUCUCCAUACAAUUCUGCAUACAUUUCUUAAAGUGCUGACAAGGAGAAGUUGUUAAACAAUGAUGGGUUUCUUAAGCUGGUGAUUAUUUUCAUUAUUCUCAUGACCAUAAUGUUUGAUUCAGGGCUGAUAUUGUAAGGAGAAAUUAGAUGCUAAUCACACUUAGGGGUGAAAGGGUUAAGCAGGAGGUUUUCAGAAUCCAAGAAUUUUUUUCCUUAAAGAACUGCAAUAUUCACCUUAAGUAAGCGGUCAUCUCUGUGUAGCAGUCAUGGUAUUACAAUUAUGGCAUAAAGUGGCAUUUUUCGUUGUUCUUUUUUAAUAUUCCCUUUCUGUGGAACCUGUGUUAAUCAGUCAACUUCCUUUACCCAAUGGGUGACUACUUAAUCCUUUAACUCCCAGAUCAAAUUUGUAAUUCUCCUUACUGUCAACUAUACAAUUCUUGUAAUGUUAGUUCUGAGAACUUAGUAUUGGAUCAACUAAUUAUACCCAGAUUGAUAUUUUUCUUUAUUCUCGUUACUUAUCUGGUUGAUAUUGUAUUGAUAUUGUAAGGAGAAAUUCUGUCUUGGUCACUCAUGAGAGUUAAGGGAUUAAUAUAGGUUCAACUGAAUGAUCUUUGAAAUGGUUCUCCUUAGCUUUUCUACAAAAUGUAAAUCAGUCAUGAACAUGUUAGUGUAUGUUUCAACUUGUACAUGUUGUGGUUCAAUUUUAUCCUUGGUUCAAAUUUUAGUUUCCUUUGUUUCAAACUCAUUAUCAUACAUUACAAUACCCAAAAAUAAAAGAAAAUAAAAUUUGAACUAAGGAUAAAAUUGAACCACAACAUACAUAUUGACACCUGCAUUUACAUCCCUAUCUUCAAAUGGUACUACGUUCAUAAAUGCACAUAAACAAGUCUUGAGCUUUAUUUUAUUCUCUUCUCUGUUUUAUAUUGCAGACCUACUCUCCCACCCUCUAAGCAAGCUUCUGGAAAUCUUCUGAAAAAAGCUGUGGCAGAAGCACACCUUUCUGUUAACAAACCACUUAUUUCUUCCAGUUUGAAAUAUGACCCCACUUCGCCGCCUUCUCCAAUUGUAUCCCAUAGUUAUGAAGAGAAACAGUAUCAGAAAGAGUUACUUCUACAGCAGCACAGAGAAUUACAGAAGCAGUUUUUGCAAAUGAAACAGGACAGAGAGGAAACUGAAGAAGCAGCAGGGAGAGGUAGUGAUAAAGAUACAGAAAGGGAAUUUGAAGAGCCUACAGAAAGUACUCAAAGUGAUGAAGAAAGUAGAGAAAGUAAACAUGUAGAAGUUGAGAAAGAACAAAAAGAUUCAGAAGUCACACAAGUACCAGAGGUAUGGUGUACAUAAAGGUAGUUGAUCAAAUGAAUAUGAAAGUGAUCUUUGCAGUAAUGAACACUAUUUGAGCAGUAGUGAAAAUAAGGCCUGUACAGGAUUUGAAUCUAUGAACUCUGUGAUACCAAUGCAGUGCUCUACCAACUGAGCUAACAAGCCAACUGGCAGCUGGUCAUUAUGUUGGUUCCAAAUAAACCAGUGAAGUGACUAGUAAAUGAUUGUAAGUAUGUGAAAGUCAUAUAUGUGAACUUUGGAUAAAAAGAAAGAAUAUGAAAGCGAUCUUGGUAGUAAUGAACACUUCUUAUUUAAGAAGCAGUGAAAGUAGGGCCUGAAAAAAAAAUUCCGCGAACCUAUUUAUUUAUCACUACUGCUUGACUAGUGUUUGUUACUGGGAAGAUAGCCACCAUAUUCAUUUCUUUAUCUGCAGUUCGCACAUGUGAUUUUCAUACUUAUUUACUGUCAUUUGUAGUUGAUCACUUUACUUUCUCUGAACACUUGCGAUGUUUUCCUUUCCAAUUGAUGCAGGUGAUGAAGUUGAACAUCUUGUUAUCAUUCUUAAGAAACUUUGUAUCCAGGCUUUUGUUUGUCUGCUCUACCAUAUUUGCUCCACCUGUCUUUUUACUUGCUGAACAUGUUUGUGAUGCUGGGACUCUGCAAAAUACUUAACCAACAGCACUAAAUUCUUUUAAUAACCAGGGUUUUAUAAGUGUUUUGAAGUAGGCAUCAGACUCUGCAAAAGUACAUGUAGGUGACUGUCAAAAGCUUAUUAAGGGCCAAAAGGUAAUUAUUUUGACCAGAGUAACCAGCAACCUGUUAUCACGUCACUGGUGUAACUCUCUUACCAGCUUGUUUUGAAAUCCCUAAAUGACUGACUCUGGAGAGAUGACUCUCUGACAUAGAACAGACUCCUUCAACAGAUGUCAACAACUACUGAUACUACACAAAGCUCUUAUUCACAAAAUGUACACACACAAAAAACAAAAAAAAACAAACAGACCUAACAUUACUGUCUGUUGGACACAGACCAGUCAUAUCUAACCCCACUUGAAUAUUACACUACACAAUAACAUGGUUCAAAGCAUUUUCUGUAAUACUGCAGUGUUUUUCUCUUUUACCUUAUUUGAUAAAAAGAUAUCAAUAUGAAAUAACAAAUACAUUUUUCCCUCUCUGCAAGGAACCUGUCAUCGAGCUCCACGUCUCGGAAACUGAAACACUAGAGUAUUCUCCUGAGCCAACUGUGGGUGAUACCAGAAUUGUAGCCUUUGCUGAUAGCCAGGCUGGUGCAGAAGAUUCGGACGAAGAGAAGAGGAAAAAGAAGAAAAAGCGAAGGGCUGUUAAAUCUAAAAAGUAUGUGUUAUGUAGGUGAACAGAAUUGUAAUUAAAAAAGCCUGUCACAGUGACUGUUUUACAUGCAGAUGGUAUAUUUUGAGCCAAGGUUGUGGAAUGAAGAAAAUUGUGUUUAUAGCAUCAAACCACAAAAUCAGAAGAUCUGCAGUUCAAAUUUUUUCAAGGGUACUCAGUUUCACUUUAUUUCUUGCAAACAUCUUUACUUACAUUUGUAUAUUGUACAUGUGUGUCUUUAUAAUAAUCAGGUUGGUAAUUCUCAUUGUCUAGAAUCUUUGAUGGUUAAAACUUUAGGGCCUUUUCUAGGUUAUUCAGGGUGGCACUGGCAAGGAGAGCUUGAAGAAACAAAUUAAAGCUUUAAUGAGGCCAACAACAGCUCUGUACUUGCACUUUGAAACUUUGUUCAUUUCCUAGCCAUUUUAUGCAUAACAACAGAGUGAAAUUACCAAGUUUUGUAUUUUCUGGGGAGUGUAUAGAGCAAUUAUAAGUUGUAAAUUAUUCGUGUUUGUAUUUGGAUCUGAAUUCUUCAUUCCAAAAUUAUACUUGAAAUGAAGUCUAGUUCUACUAGGAAGGGUAAAAACAUAGAGUGAUUCCCAAAUUUUCCCAUACAGACAGUGUGAGGUCCUUACUGUAAUUAACAGUACUGUAAGAAGAAAUUUUACUCUUAUAUUUUUCCCGAUUUUAGGGAGAAACCAGCAAGUCCUAAGUUCAUUGUAACACUUGACGGAGUGGACAGUGAUAUGGAAGACAAAUAUGAUGUACAAUUGAAGAAAGAAAAGAAGAAGAGGAAACCGAAGAAGAGAGCUGAGCUGGAUGAUUUUGAAGAGAUCGACACAACAGAGAAGACAGAAGAAAUAAAACCACCUCUAGAGGUGGCUUCCCUUGAAAAACCUGUCAUCCAGCAGAUCACAUUUGAUCUGGAUCCUGUUGAUGAGGGUAAUUUUGCUAUAGUGAGAUAAUGUAAUAUAAUCUGAUAUUACUGGUAAAAGAUACUCUCUCUCUCUAUAUAUAUAUAUAUAUAAUAGAAUACAGAAUAGAAUAUUAUGUACUUAUUGACUGGGUGGUAGGGUUGGACGGAAAAUAUUUGGCUUGAGGUCAUGACGCACGGACUGAGCGCAGCAUUUUACCAUAUGACCAGAAAGUGUUGAAAAUUUCGAAAAUUGUUAUUUUAACCAAAUUAGGAUGCGAUAGACAGGAGCAUGCGGGAUAACCACAAAAAAGGAUUCCACAAUUAAAAAUUUUCCUUUGUUUUUCAAGUCAGAACAAUUAACUCAGGGCUUUUUCUGGACCGGCUCCUGUCAUCUUAUCCAACUCUACACGCGUCAGGUUUUACUAUGGUUUUCUGUGGAAUUGCACGCCCGGGGCCCUACUGGUCAUAUGAUAAAUUAAUUCAUAAUCCAUGAGUAUAUUUGCUCGCACACCAAUGGUCUAAACUCAUCACGUGAUCGAAUAUGCCCCCCCCCCCCAGGAAAAACGGGAGAAUAUCCGAGGGGAUAUCCCAAGAGAUAUUACCCAAUUUUCAAACCUUACGUCUGGUAGAAUAAAAGCAAUUGUUUCAAAUGUAAUUCAAGAUGGAUAGGAGUUUAGCAGUUGUGACAGAAGAAGAGAUAUGUUUGUUUGUUCAUAAAGUCAUACCAGAGAACACAGAGAAGUAUACAUUCCAUGCAGCAAACCAUAAGCUAUUCAUAAACAUUUCUCCCCCCGCGUUUCAAAAAUACGUUAAGGAUACGAAACAAUAGCUUCCAUUUAAUGUGAUAAUUUGCUCGCAUAUGUAUAUAUUUGUCCUAGGACAUAAUCUGCCCUUCAAAGCUCACAGUUUUCGGGAGCUUUCCCCACGGAAAACGGUUCGCAUCACAGAACAAAUAGUAUCUGCCGACAAAUAUCCCUGCAUAUUUUUGUGCCAAAUGGGGGCUAUUGUUUAUGUAUAGCAUGAUAAAGUUUUGCAUAUAACUAUCUGAUCAAUUCCAUUAAAGAUUCAGUGGUCAACAGAAUCAAUACAUGGUAGAUUAGUCAAAGGAAUUAAUUGAUUGAUCAAAGAAUCGUCAUUGUACAUUAUCAGUUAUGUGCUUCUGGUAAAAACUUCUGCUUUCGGGUGUUAAUUUUUUCAGAAGCUGAAAUUGGCGAGUCGAUGCAAGAUCAAAACAAACAAGCAGAAAAGUGCAAAUUUUGGCCUGACUGCAAAAAUGGAGAUGAUUGUCCCUUCUACCACCCGACGGUGAUGUGCAGGUGAUUUCAUUUUUUUCCUUCUUCAAGUAUUUCAGUGUAUUUACACAAAGGUGUCACAAGAGUUAAGCAAGAAAUUCCCGAAAACAUGCUUGAUACUUGAUUCAGGGGUGUUACUGGUGUUUUGUAAGGAGAAAUUCGGUGCUAGUUACUCUUAGGGGCUAAAGAUUCUUGUUUGCAACCUUGACUAUUUUUAACUGGGGUUGAAGGAAACGCAUAUGUACACAUGUGAAAAAUUAAUCACGCGAAAAUUCCUUCGUUUCCUCGUUUCGAGGUGCUCGAGACUCGUCACGAAACUCGCAUCUUGAACGUCUCGAAACUCAUAUCUUGAACAUCUGGAAACUCGACUCGCGUCUCGAUCCUUGAAGUUUUCGAGAAUCGAGGAUCGAGUUUCGAGGGACUGUCAACUUACUUUCGAGCGGUACUGUAUGUAUUGGGCAUAUGGCUUUAAUAUGAAGAGAAUGGAGUUAAUGGUGUCGUCAUAGUCAUCAUUUAAUUCUGAUAGACUGUUUUUUAAGCCAAUGAAUAACGUACCGUGAACGUUACAAGUUACAUGGAGGAUAUUACUUGGUCGCGUUAAGAUACGAAAUUUCUCUUCGAGUGUUGAAAAAUAUUUUUCAACUGGAAAAGAGAAAUUUCAUAUCUCCAAGCGGCCAUGUAAUAUUCUAUUUAUUAUAUAAACACAAAUGAAAUACUAAAUCAUUUCACUUUAAUAUCUUACUAAAAGCGCUGCAUCGAAAGGCGCUAUUUUAAUAAUGUAAUUAACAUCAGUGAUCUUUUCACUGUGAAGAUAUCAUGUUUUUGGGGCGAAAGCUCACUUGGCAUUUCAUUGGUGUUCAUAUGAUAAAGAACUGUCUUUCAGGAGAAAUUUACUUUUCAUGUAGUGAAAGAAUUGAAUUGCAUAUUUUCCAUACUGUUCUGUACAUUUUCCUAAGGUGCUGACUAGGAGAAUUUGUUUAACAAUUGAUGACAAUCUUCUUCAGUUGGUAAUCAUUUCCCCUCUUCUCGUGACUUUAAGGCGUGAUUCAGGGGUGAUAUUAUCAGAAAUAAUAUCAAUUAGAUGCUAAGUACUCAUAGUGAUCCAAGGAUUUGAUGUUGGAUGCAUUUACAAACGCACACACUCACAGUUUCAGGAACAUACAUCUCUCUUCUCUCUCUUUAUGACAACUAGACAAUUUCUUACACUUUUUUGGGUCAGCUGUAAAAGGAAAUGGGAUUAAAACAAAUGGGUUUUGUAUAUAUAUAUAUAUUUUUUUUUUGUGACAGGUCUUUCCCGAACUGUAGAUUUGGAGAUAGUUGUAGAUUCAUUCACCCACCGUGUAAAUUUGAUGGAAGGUAGGAGCUAAUGUAAUGCACUUUCCACAUUGUGUGUGCUCAAAUGUACAACUGAACCUCUCCUCAGAAACCACUAUCUGUCAAAGGAAAAUGGCUGUGGAAGAGAGGUGGCUUUUAUUGGGAAAAUGGGUGUGUAACAUGACCUCUUUUGAACAUAUUUUAGAAAAAAAAGCAUUACUCACUCAUUCAUUGAAAACGGACAAAUUAGAAAGAGGAAAGUCAUCGUUACAAGACAAACGGAUUUAGCUGUCUCAGAUAUCAGUUUGACUAUUCGUAAAUGGUUUGCUUACAGCAUAGAAGACAAAACAUUUCCUCACCCACAAUGCUAAGGUUUUUAGGGAUGUCUGCUUGAGAAAGUUGCGAUGAGAAUAUUGCUGUACUAUUGUAAAUGUUGUCGAAAGCUUAUUUUGGCAGACGGGAUGCACUUCAGUGACUGUUGCUGAGUUGGAGGGAUACCGGCUUAUUUAACAGACCAAUUGCAGCAUAAAUCGAUAGAUAAUAGAGGAAGGCAUUUUUUACCAGAAUGCAUGCUCUGCUCAGAAAUUUGUUUUAAAAUAGUUUAGAUGAAUUGGAGUUUGAUUUUUUUUUGUGUGUGUGUGUGUGUGUGUGAACAUGAUGUGACAGUUUCUCAGGGUGUACUUGUGUUUUAUGUUGAAAUGUACACGUAGGUUUCCUUCUUGAAUCAUUAUACGCGCAAAACAUUCAAAUGUCUUUGUGAUUUGAAUCAUGCCUUUGGAUAGCCUGUGAGAAUUGUGACUAUGGCUGAUAAGUACAGGUAAGUACAUCACUUAAAAGGGAACUGAAAAUUUUUUAUAGUUUUUAUGUUUUAUAGUUUUAAGCUUCAGCUGUAGAAACAAGUACAAUCUACCAAAUAUUUCUAUUUACGUGGUUCUCGUUUUUUCUUUUGUAGGUGUACUAAUUCAGUUUGUCCCUACACACACAAGUUAAAAAACAAACAACAGACUUCUCCCGUAGCAGCUGCAAUACCAGGAAUGGGUUUAGGUAUGGUGUCCAGUUACAUCAGUACUAUUUGCUUCAUUAAAAACUUUUGGUGGAAAACUGUAGUAAGACUAUUGGCGAAAAGAUUAUUUGGUUUUAUCGACUGAAUUGGUAAUGUUAAUUGGCCGCCGUAAAGAGUUUCUGAUAGUGACGUUUUUAGCGUAAGCCCUUCAUCAGAUCGAAACACGAAGGCACGCUCGAGAGCUGCACUCUCUAAUAUCGUCAACUUAGUGAAAGGCUUCAAAACAAUUGACAUAUUCACGUAUGAUUUGUUUCACCACAGAUCAUUUUCGCGGUGGUCUAACACUGUUGUGUCUCUUAAUGUUGUCAGGCUUCAUGUUCCCUCCACCAAGUGUCCUCACUCCUCCACCUCCUGUUACUCAACCGGUUCCUUGCAAGUUUUACCCGUCUUGUACCAAAGCUGACUGUACUUUCUAUCAUCCACAACCAAAGGUAUAUUUUAUGACGCUUACUUGAACAUUUAACCUUGCACUCUGAUUCCAAAGAAAUAAUUUCCAUCGUAAUAAAAGCAUAUUUGUUGGUUGCUCACUUCUUGAAUCCUUUCCCUCUCAAGAUCCUAGUGGUAAUUCUCCUUACUGUCUCCCGCACAAUUCUCAAGAUGUUAGUUCUGAGAUUCUGGUAUUGGAUCAACCAGUAAUCCCUGAAUUGACAUUUUGUUUUCAUUCUCAUCACUUGUCUGCUUGAUAUUGUAGUGAUAUUAUAAUGAGGAAUUCUGUCUUGGUCACUCUUGGGAGUCAAACUGUUAAUUCUUAAACAUUACAAAGUAUGUACUACAUUCGCACCCGCUACUUAAAUGUGAAAAAUUGUAAGAGGUCAGAAUUAAAAUGACAGAUUCGGAUUCCAACAGAUUUAGCUAGUGAAAUGUCAGGUACUGAACCAUGAACCUACAACUUUAUUAACGAUGUUUACACGGCUAUGGAAUCCGUUAAAUUUCAAGCUCGGACUAUUUCUGUUGGUAAUUUAGUGUAUUUUCCUUUUAAGGCGGUAAAUGUGAAAAUAAACCGCCUGUAUUACCUCGUAUUAAUGCCUAAAAUCGCUUAGCGAGUGCUCAGUUUUUUCUUAGCGAAAACUAUGAUCGCAAUCUUUGAUUUUAAUACCAAGGCAGGGGAGAGAAAGAAAUUUGUUCCAAGGGGGUGAGCGACAGUAGAAAAUAAGAAAAGGGAUGGGGGUGGGAGAGAGAGUAGUCGUCUUGCCCCGCCCCCUUUCUCUCCGUCGACUCCAACUCUAAAUCAUCCAACAUGGCCGGUUGAAUAAACGAUCGCGUGCUUCUUAAAGUUAACUCGUCAUAAGAAGACGCCUGCAUUAGAGGCUAAAAAUCGCAUGAUAUUCUUGAAAAUUCAACAGGUAAAAGAAAUGCUUUACUAGUCUGAAAAUUUCUUUUACUUGGUGGGCUUUAGUAAGGGAGAACACUAAGCACUUUGGCUUGGUUAGAGGUUGUAGAAGUACAAGUAGACGAACUACACGUACAUGCUGCAUUUUGCUAACAUGGCGUUUUCAACAUCUAUAUAUAUAUAUACAUAGAGAGAGAUUUAUUGAAGACAGCAGCAGAGUGGAAAAGUGUUAGAUGUAAAUUUAAAGCUAAAUCGUUUAUGUGAGUGAAGAAUUUCAUUUCUCUUAGCCUGUGCAUGGACUGGUUUGAUUACAUGCACUGUGCUAUAAAAAAUAAAUGUAGUAAGUUUAGUUAUUAAUUGGUUUCUAAUGCUUGGGAGGGUAUCUGUACAGUGAUCACAAAUUCGAUUUCAAUUAGACUUCAUUGUUGACUGUUUUGUAGGCUUGUCGUUUUGGUGCCAACUGCACCAGGCCAAACUGUUCAUUCACUCAUCCUGCCAAACCUUCCUCUUUAAAGUGGGUGGCACCAACUCUACACAUAAGGUAGGUUGCAUUGUAAAUACUUUUUAUCAUUUUAGUUAACACAGGUUAAAAAAGUUUGUGGGAGUGGGGAAUUUCUUCGUGGAGAAAUCAGGGAAAUUUUUUUAACAUGGCAUCACUGACUUUCGCCAUAUCCAGAUGGAAGACGCGUUUCUGGUCUCUAUUAUCGAAUUAAAUAUAACGAUACAGUUUAUGUUUGUGGGCGUAAGUGACCGACUAAGAAUUUCCGAACAAGCACGUUUUGGUACGGCUGAGCUGUCCUCUAUGUAAGAUGUCAAGCUGUGUUCGUUUUAUGUUUUGUAAUGUCACAAAUUUGCUUUGAUUUUUUUUUACCAACGUUACAAGAAAAUGGCGCGAACAUAGUAAUUGGUUCUCGAUUUCAUUUGGCCGCUUUCAUCCUACGAUUGUGUGCUUCUCACUUUCCACUGGUUUUUGUCAGCUGGUUACAUUUUAGCCCGCCAAAUUCUCCGUGUAACUUUUUCGAAGACUAAACAAAUUUGUAAUCUCUGAAAAAUUUUCAUGGGCUUAUAUAUCCCAAAUUGCGCGAGAAAAUAAUGUGAUUACUAACUACUUAAUAAUCUAGAGUGAGGUCGUUACGGGAAAAUCUCAAACUGAGGCACUGUUCGGUCAAUACGACUAGGCCGAGGUUUGAGAUUUUCUCGUAACGACCGAACGGUCGAGGUUAUUAAGUUGUUUAUUGUAUGGCUUAUAAACUGAACUAACAAAAACCUAUGUAAGGGGAAGUCGUUAAUUAUCAUCCAGUGUCGAUCUUACAAGCUUUUAAAUUGUUGUUAAAUGCUUUUUUUUUAAUGCUUAAUUAAUGGUUUUGUCCUUGAUUUUAAUUAAGUAUCUUUUGUAUGACCUUAAUGUUCUUCUCGCUUGCAGUGAAAGGAGUUUUGCGGUUUCAGAACAGAAAGUAACUUCCAUGCCGGUGUUAUAGCAGAGAAUUAGUUUUAAGUCAACAUUGUAGAAUUUUUCUGGUGAAAUAUAAUUCUAGUUGUGACUGUGUCAUUGCUGUGUUAUCUACAAUUGGCGUCCUGAUGGCAGGAAACAAAGCGUAUAAAAGUGGACGACCGCAAAAUAAUUUCAGAGUCUUUAAUUUGUACAUGUCCCGUCGAGGACUCUUCGUUUUUCAUCUAUCAUGCUUUUGUUUUUUUAAAUCUUUUUUCUGUUGAAGGAGACAAGAAUUAAGAUGACUGAUGUCCUAAGAAUUUUUCUUAGAUAGAUUGCUGCGGAGUCAUUUAAGUUCAAUGACUGUGUGGAAGGUGAAAUAAAAGCUGUUUACUUGGUCAGUUUCCUAC